CUGGAGGAUGAGUUUUGGUCCUCGCGGCUCUCGGUCGUACGUCACUGAAUGUUGACGUGUGGAUACAGAGCUGCUGCUGCUGCCUGUUUAGCUGCAGCUAGCCGAGCAGAAGCUUGUGGACGGUGUUCUUCUGAACGGAAGGACUGACAGCUGACCGCUUCCCUGCAAACACACACUGUGAGCGAUGGCGGCAGACUGGGAGGAGAUCCGGCGGCUGGCUGCGGACUUCCAGAGGGCACAGUUCGCAGACACGGUGCAGAGGCUGUCGGAGAGAAACUGCAUCGAGAUCAUCUCCAAACUGGUCCAGGACAAGAAGCUGGAAGUGGUGCACACACUGGACGGAAAGGAGUACAUCACCCCGGCACAGAUCAGCAGGGAGAUCCGAGAUGAGCUCUACGUGCAUGGAGGGAGAAUCAACAUCGUGGACCUCCAGCAGAUCAUUAAUGUGGACUGGGUCCAUGUUGAGAACAGAGCCAGUGACAUCGCUAAGAGUGAUAAAGGAGUUCAGCUCGUGCUGGGACAACUGAUCGACGACACGUACCUGGACCGUUUGGCUGAGGAGGUGAAUGACAAACUGCAGGAGGCGGGUUUGAUCAGCAUCGCAGAGCUGUGUAAAAACUACGAUCUCCCCGGAGAUUUCUUAACCGAGGAGCUGUCAAAACGUCUCGGGAAGCUGAUCCAAGGAGAAAUGGACCAGUACAACAGAGGAGUCAUCUUCACUCCAGCUUUUGUUGCUCGGCACAAAGCCAGGAUACGAGGGCUUUUCAGCUCCAUCACGAGGCCCACACCAGUCAGCAGCAUGAUCGGAGCGUUUGGAUUUCAGGAACAUCUUCUGUACUCUGUUCUGGAGGAGUUGGUGAACACCGGACGCCUCAAAGGAAGCGUGGUUGGAGGGCGGCAGGACAAAGCCGUCUACAUCCCUGAUAUUUACGCCAAGACACAGAACACCUGGGUGGACUCCUUCCUUCAGCAGAACGGGUAUUUAGAGUUUGAUGCGUUGGUCAGACUGGGCAUCCCCGACCCCUCCAGCUACAUCAAGAAGCGUUUCAAGUCCAACAAGCUGCUGUUCCUCAGAGCAGCCUGUGUGGGUCAGACUCUGGUGGACCAGGUGGAGGCCUCAGUGGAGGAAGCCGUCAACUCCUCCACGUGGACGGACAUACAGCCCAUCCUGCCAAGCUGCCUGUCGAUGGAGGACGUCGGGAUGUUGAUCAGCCAGGCCAUGAGGAACACAAACGUCCAGUCCUCAGCCAGAGUUCUGGGAGGGACGGUCGUCGUCAGCGAGAAGUUCAUCAGCAACUGCCUCUCUGUGUUUGAUGAAGCCAUGCAGCAGAAAGCUCAGAAGGAAGUGAAAAACAACCCAGUGUUUCUGAUAUCUGAAGACGACAUGAAGCAAGCAUCCAUCCUGACGGAGUCCUCAGCACUUUCAAAGAAGGAAAAGAGGGAAGCAGAGCGCAGGAAGAAGGCCACAGAGGGCAGUGGCAGCGUGAAGGCUGGCGGAGGAGGCAACGCCAGAGAGAUCCGAAUCCGCAAAACCAAGAAGAAAGGCAGGAAGGACGAGGACAGCGACGAGGAAACCGGACCUUCCCAGCAAAAUCGCAGCAAACAGACUGCAGCCGUCUUCAUGACCCAGGAGGAGGUCGUGGCUGUUUUAGAAGAGCGAGUGAGUGACUGCCCGGAAGAAAUCCUCUCUGAGCUGGCAGAGCAUUUAGUAAGGCCUCUGAGUAAAGCCUAUCAGGAGGUGCUGCGGACAGUGUUCAUGUCCUCCACCAACUCUCCGUCAGGGGCCAACAAGAAGAAGAGCAUGAAGGAUCUACAGGAGGAGAUCGCCAACCUGUACAACAACAUCCGACUCUUCGAGAAGGGCACCAAGUUCUUCUCCGAUGAAACUCAGGUCCACAUUGCCAAGCACGUCCUGAAGACCCUGUGCACGGACGUCACCAACAUCCUGGUCAACUUCCUGGCCUCUGACCUGAUGAUGUCCGUGGAGAAUCCCAGCACCAUCAGCAACGAGGUCAGAGUGAAGAUUUUGGGCAAACUGUCAGAGGAGACCAAAGGACCUCUCAUGAAGCUGCACAACUGCCUGAACGGCAAAACUAUAGAAGACUUCCUGACCAACAUCGAGGGCUGCGCAGAGGUCUGUGGCUUCAUGCUAAAGAAGGGAGACAAGAAAAAGGAGAGACAGGCGCUGUUCCUGCACCGUCAGGCUCUCACCGAGCAGCUAAAGGAGACCGAGGAUCCAGCCCUGGUCCUCCAUCUGACCAGCGUGCUGCUGUUUCAGGCCAGCACCCACUGCAUGCUGCACGCUCCCGGACGCUGCGUGCCUCAGAUCAUCGGCACCCUCACAGGCCGAAUCCCCACGGAGCAGCAGCAGCAGCUGUCUGCCUACCAGAGCCUGGUGGUGAAGCAGCUGGUGAGCCAGAGUCAGAGCAGGAAGCAGGAGGACACCGAGGACCAGGACGAGGCGGAGGAGCAGGACGAGGAGGCCGGGAGCGUCCGCACGCAGCUCGUCGCCCUGAUGCCACAAAUCAAAGACCUGGUGCUGUCCCAGAAGAAGACGGCCGGCACAGAGGACUGAACGUUUCAAACAGAAAUCUUUUUAUGGUCUUACAUGUUCAGAUGAAUACUUUUAACUCUGAUGGAUCAGCUGUUAAUACUGUAUUUUUGUGAGCCAUCCAUGAGGACGUAAUUCUAAAUUAUUGAAUGAAAUCCCUGUGUGGGAUGUUUCCCUGUAAACCUGAUUAACAUGAAAAUCCUCAGUGAGGUUCUGUUCAUGCAUUCAUUAAAGUUCUCCUCUUCCUCA